CAUGAGCUGGAGCUUCUUGACACGCUUACUAGAGGAAAUUCACAAUCAUUCCACAUUUGUGGGCAAGAUCUGGCUCACCGUCCUCCUCGUUUUCCGCAUCGUUCUGACAGCCGUGGGCGGCGAAUCCAUCUACUACGACGAGCAGAGUAAGUUUGUCUGCAACUCUGGCCAGCCGGGCUGCGAGAACGUCUGCUACGACGCCUUCGCUCCACUCUCACAUGUCCGCUUCUGGGUCUUCCAAACCAUCCUGGUGGCGACGCCGUCGCUCAUGUACCUGGGCUACGCUGUCAACAAGAUUGCUCGAGCGGAGGAGCAGGCAGACAGCGGGGGGUUGAGCAGAUAUUCAUGCAAGAAACCCAAGAAGUCUUAUCUUGCAGGCAGAAAGCAGCAGAGGGGUGUUGAAGAGGCUGAGGAUGACAACGAAGAAGAUCCAAUGAUCUAUGAAGUGGCAGAGGGGGAGAGUGAUGCUGGUGGAAUGGCAAAGGGGGACAGUAGUGAGAAACAAGUGAAAGUCAAGGUUCGGCACGAUGGGCGCCAGCGUAUUAAAGCAGACGGACUGAUGCGCAUUUAUGUCAUCCAGCUGUUGGCCCGUUCGGUUCUAGAAGUGACUUUUUUAUGUGGACAGUACGUGCUGUAUGGAUUUGGUGUCCCUGCCAGAUACAUGUGCUCAAAAGUGCCCUGCCCUCACAGCGUGGACUGCUUCGUGUCACGGCCAACCGAGAAAACGAUCUUUCUUCUCAUCAUGUACAUCGUCUCGCUGCUCUGUCUGGCUCUCAACAUAUGGGAGAUGCUUCACCUGGGUGUCGGUACCAUCUGUGAGAUCGUGCGCUCCCGCCGGCUGCGGCUCCCUGACGACGAGCUGUACGGACUCACAAGGAGAAACGAAGCUCUGAGUGGCGACGAUUACAGCAGCUACCCCUUUACCUGGAACGCACCGUCGGCCCCACCAGGGUACAACAUCGCCGUCAAGCCGCUUUUAAUGUCUAAAGGGAACCACAAUCCACCUCUACCCAUCAGCGAUCUCACGAAUGCCAAGAUCACGUGUCGACAGAACCACGUGAACAUCGCCCAAGAGGAACGCCAGCAGUACACCAAUAAUGAUGAAAACCUGUGCAGCGCUGAGAGGGGAGAUGCUUCCAGAAAUGCUCAGAAGGACUUGAGUCAGAGUCAGAACAAGCUGAAGGCUGAUAACCAGGCUCACAGCCAGCUGCAGAGCCACGUUAACAACCACAGCAGGCCUAACCGUGAACGUAAACACCGGCACACCUCCAGACACGCCUGCAGCAAGGCAGACACAGACAGGGGCAGCAGCAGCAGCAGUAAAUACGGUGUGAUUAAGGGUUCUGAGUGGAUCUGA